AUGGCUGGUAUGCAUUGUACAUGCAACUGCAAUGAGUCCGAUGCCAUGAUUACAGACGUUCUGCCCCCAACAAACACUUCAUCAAAGAAGAAAGUCAGCGGCAAGGGGAAAGGGAACAAGGAGAACCUGCCUGCCCUGUUUCAUGAUGCUACCUCUGUUGCACUUGCCCUCUCCACUGAGGAUGACCUUGAUGAAGACCCCAUUGAAACCCUGGUAGAGCCCAAGAAGCAUGCCCUGUCAGUAUCUGAUAUCAAAGAAGACGAGCCCCUGCCCAAGCACACCAAGAAGCAGCCUCUCAAGCAGCUCGACAAUGGCCUUGACAUGCAGAAGUUCCUCUCCAAGAAGAAGUCAAAGAAGGAUGAACUUAUUGAGUUGAAUGCAAGGAUUGUAGAGCUUGGGGCAAUCAUUAUGUCUAUGAAAGCAGAUAAGGAGAAACUUUGA